CCCAAACUCAGCCUUCAACCUUCCACAAUUCCAAUAGUCUCCAUUCCCAAGAUGCAGCUCCUUACCAGUGCCAUCGUUCUCUCCCUCUUUGCGAUAGCGCAAAGUGCAGUUGUCCGACGAAUCGAUGGUUGCCCGGACUUGGCUCCCUGGCCUGCAGGUAACCCAGGAACAUAUUGGUAUAACGCUUGCUGUGCUUAUAGCGUGGAUUGGGACCAAUGCUGCAACCGUGAUAGCCCAACUCCUUAUGUUUGGGGUGGACGAGAGUUCAGGCCUUGUUCCGAUCCGGCUUUCCACAGCAGCUAGGUGCAACAACGGAGACGAAGAGGAAUACAUGUUUGGAUUGGAAAGGAUGGUGCUCUUUGAAGAAACUGAGAUGUGAAUUGUGCGACAUGCAAAGCUUUUGAUUAGACGCUUGUACGACGGAAUAUGCG